AUGUAUAGUUUAGUUGUGRUCUUGAGUACCAGUUUGGUACUCGCAAACUCAAACCGCAUAGAWCCAACUUGUGGUUACAACUCUUGUCCUAAAUGGGACCCUGACGUCCUCAACGUCCACCUAGUACCCCACUCACACGACGACCUCGGUUGGCUCAAAACAGUAGACAAGUACUACUUCCAAGACGUCCAAAAUGUAAUCGGUUCAGUAAUCGGCGCUUUAAAGCAAAACCCAGAUCGCAAAUUUAUACAAGUCGAAACUGCCUAUUUCAAAAAAUGGUGGGACCACCAAAACGAUUUAGUCAAGCAAGAUGUGAUUAAACUGGUCAAUAACGGACAAUUAGAGAUCAGUAACGGSGGUUGGAGUAUGAAUGAUGAAGCUACUGUUAAUUACCAGUCGACAAUAGACCAGUAUACUCUUGGUUUGAGAUACUUGYAAGACWCUUUAGGUCCWUGCGCAAGACCUAAAUCGGCCUGGGCUAUUGACACUUUCGGCCAUAGUCGAGAACAAGCCUCAAUUAUAGCACAGUUAGYUUUCGACAGUAUGUUUUUCAUGAGAUUGGAUUAUAGAGACCGGGYAAAAAGACUGAAGGAGAAAACAGCCGAUCUUUUGUGGCAGGGGAGCCAGAAUUUGAACAAUUCUGAUAUUUUCACUUCAGUUUUUUACAGAGGAACGUACAGUUACCCUGAUGGUUUUUGUUUCGAUAUAGUUUGCAACGAUGAACCCAUUAUCGACGAUACUAACAGUACGGAUUACAACUACGAAAAAAGGAUAGACGAUUUUGCGGAUUUUGUCCGUGGCCAAGCUGAUAAAUACCCCACAAAUAAUAUUCUUGUAGCCAUGGGAGACGAUGUGCGCUACCAAGCCGCUCUUACCAACUAUCUCAAUAUUGACAGACUUACAAAAGGUUUUGAACAAUUUCCUAGAAACUACACCGACAAACCUAUAAAACUCGUCUACUCUACACCAGCAUGUUACACGAAAGCUGUAAACGACUAUGUUGUCGCAAAUAAUCAUAAAUUGGACGUGAAAACUGAUGAUUUUCUCCCAUACGCAACUGACGGUUACGGUUAUUGGAGCGGUUUCUACGUCUCUAGACCCUCAACUAAGAGAUUCGAGCGAAUUGGCAACAAUUUCCUACAAAUUUCCAAACAAAUAGCAGCUAUCAGUAACCAACCGUAUGACAGUAAAAUCACCCCAUUGAAAGAAGCAAUGGGUGUUAUACAGCACCAUGACGCUAUUACUGGUACUGAAAAGCAAGAUGUCCUCAAAGACUACCACCGGAUGCUCUAUUCGGCUAUUGAAGAAGCGAACGAACUUGUGGACCCACUCUUGUCUACAAUAAUCAGUGGUACCGAUGAUCAUUUUCAAUUCAAGACUUGUCUAAUGUCCAAUAUAAGUUCGUGUAGUCCAUCACGCUCAAGUAAAUUCACUGUCGRAGUCUACAAUCCGUUAAGUCGAAUAAUUUCAAGUCCAAUAGAAAUACCAGUUAGCUAUCAAGCGUGGAAAAUAACGGAUCCUGAUGGAAAUGAAGUUAAAAAUCAAGUCGAAUCAUCAAUCAUCGACUUCAGUUACGUGAACAAUGUUCCAAKUUCGCCCUACACUUGCUAUUUCAUUGCGAAAGAUUUGCCCCCUUUGGGUUAUAAAACAUUCACUUUUACUAAAUCUGACUCAAGGCAAAACUUAACUUUUGGUAACAAUAACACCAGUUUCGAGAUAGAUGACGAUACGGGACUCAUCAAGUCGAUUACCAUGAAUGGAGUCACAAUGGAAGUGUCUCAAGACCUUUACUACUACCAAAGUGGCAGUUAUUCGGGUGCUUACAUUUUCGUUCCUUUAGUUAACGAAAAAUAUCGAGUGGCGGAUGGUAAAGUCAAAACUACACCGAUUUCAGGAAGUGUGUACCAAGGGGUUGUGCAAGAAUUUGCCUCGUGGGCRAAACAAAUCYUCAAAGUUUACAAUGGUGAUGAGAGUCAUAUUGAAAUUGASUGGAUUGUUGGCCCUAUUGAUUUAGUGACAGAAAAUGUCGGUAAAGAAGUGGUUUCAGUUUUUACUACUUCUCUCAAAACUGAAAGUAAUUUUUAUACUGACUCCAAUGGACGAGAAAUGCUAAAACGUWCUAGAAACUACAGACCAACAUUUGARUACACUAACGAAGAACCAAUUGCUGGUAAUUACCACCCAAUCACUUCAAGAAUUGUCCUCAAAGAUAAGAAAAAAGGACUAGAAUUUGCAGUACUAAAUGACAGGGCUCAAGGUGGUACAAGUCUCGAAGAUGGACAAGUGGAAAUUAUGAUCCAAAGAAAUUGUCCACAUAACGAUUUUAGCAGAGUUGGRGAUAGCAUCAACGACCAAGAAUAUGGGCAAGGAGURAUAACUAGGGGCAAACACUACAUUGUUUUAGGCCCAARUUCUYGAAACMGACAAAAAUCUUUGGCGGCAAUUCAAAGAGACGUAGCCCAAAGAAAAUUACUAGCACCRUGYGCUUUCGUUACAAACKAAGAUGUGUCUAAACGCCUCAAAAACRCACAAUUUAGCAGUCUCAAGAUACCACUCAGCGAAAAUGUGCAAAUUUUGACUCUAGAACCUUGGGAUAAUGGUACUAUUCUCUUGCGUUUGGAACACAUUUUAGAGAGAAAUGAAGAUGAAAAUCUAUCGAAAGAAGUUACUGUGGAUCUAUCGGAUUUGUUUACGACGUUUACUAUCACAGAACUGGUCGAAAUGACCCUAGGAGGAAACGUUCCAUUGGCAGAAAAUGUUCGAUUAAAAUGGCCAGGUCAGAAAAGAGUCCCAUUAACGAAAUUAGACGGUUUUAAAGUUACCCUAACACCGAUGCAAAUUCGAACGUUUGUUGCUAAAGUUGUUUAUUAA